UCAAGGACAUGCAUUGGUUUAAAUUGAAACUUGUUACACCAGUUGAAGCAUUUUGAGCAACAAGCUUCUUGGGGUAAAAUCACUCAACAAAGUCAGAUUAUUUGUUGGAUUCACCAAAAACCAUGGACAUUUCAUUCAAAGGGAAACGUGCUCUUGUCACUGGAGCAGGAAGAGGAAUUGGUCGAGACACUGUGAAAAGACUGGUUAAACUUGGAGCCCAUGUUGUUGCCUUAAGUAAAACCAAGGAAAACCUUGAUACACUCAAAGCAGAGAUUCCUGAGGUUGAAGUUGUACAAUGUGAUCUAGCAAAUUGGGAAGAAACUCGCAAAGCUGUAUCUUCAUUGGAAACAAUUGAUUUGCUGGUCAAUAAUGCUGCUUAUGCUAAACUCGAUCCCAUCGGUGAAGUUGAUGAGAAGACGUGCGAUUUACAUUUUGACAUCAAUGUUAAAUCGAUCAUCAAUGUUACCCAAGAAGUGAUUAAAAAGUUAAAGGCUGCUGGUAAGCCAGGAUCUAUUGUGAACGUUUCGAGUCAGGCUGGAAUGGUUGCUCUACAAGAUCAUGUAGCUUACUGUGCAUCAAAAGGAGCUGUUGAUCAAAUCACUCGAGUUUCUGCCCUUGAAUUGGGUCCUUUCAAUAUAAGAUGUAAUUCAGUUAACCCAACUGUCGUUGAAACUGAUAUGGGUAAAAGAGGAUGGGCCGAUCCAGCUAAACGUCAAUGGAUGAUGGAGAAGAUUCCUCUGAGGAGAUUCGCUGAUGUUGACGAUGUUGUUGACACGAUUGUUUAUCUUCUCAGUGAUAGAUCAGCCAUGAUCAACGGUGUUAUUUUACCCGUUGAUGGAGGAUUUACAGCUUGUUAAUUUUAUCAAAUCAUUGCUUGAACUUAUUUGUCCCUAACUAUGCAAAAGGUGUUAUUAGUUCAAGGGUUAAAGUUACAAUGUAACAAAAUAGUUGAAUGAAACAAUAAUAUUCUUGCUUUGCUUCUGUAUUUCGUCUGUAAAAUCUCCUUAAGCUCUUAAUAAAUAUUACCAAUAAACUGAA